AAAAACCCUAAUUGCGACUGUCAUCACAAGUCGGCAAAAUACGGCAAAUAAAAAAAUCAUAAUCAUCAAAACAGUAGAUAAUUAAUUUAAACAAAGUUGUGCAGUGUUUCGGCUGUUGUGUGCAGUUACAGUGUCAACCCUGUUCAGUUCUAUGCUAAACGAAAUGCAACCAUUCACCGCUUUUAUGGACGUCGAGAGUUCCCGCUCGUACAUUGACGAUCUUUACUCACCAGACAUGAAUAAAUGCCUCUCGUCCAUAAUAUGCAUCAAGAAUUCGGUGAUUGGCUCCAAUCGACAGAAGGAAAGCGUUAUUGCCCAGGGAAUCGUCCCUCGAUUGAUCCAUCUGCUCAAAGAUAAUACUAUGAAAUCGUGUGUUCGGAUAGAGGCGGCUUUGACCAUUGGCUCUUUGGCCAAGGGAACAGAUGAGCAUGUUGAGCUCCUUAUCAACUCGGGUAUAGUUCAGACAGUGCUGGAAGCGUUGGAUGAAUUUGAUCCAAUGCUGGUGGACGCCUGCAUUUGCUGUUUACGAACCCUUGCUAGUCAAGAACACUACUCAAUUCACUCGAAAUUUAGUGUAAAGGACAUGCAAAAGCUACUCUCUUUGACUAGUCCCAUUGCGUCCUUGCAAAGGCGCUCUUGCAUAGCCACUAUUCUGACAUCAGCGUGCAAAACAGUCACCGAGCAAAACAACUUGUGCUUUAUUGGCGGACCUGCUGCAUUAGGGUUCCUGUUAUCUUUAGACACCCCUUCCAUACGAAUCCCGGUGGCUACGUGUCUGGCCUCCAUGUGCCUAAACAACCCACACGUAGCCAAAGAAAUAGUAAAUACAUCCUACAGAGAUGUGAAGAUCGUUGACUAUCUCUCGUUAAUGAUAUGCAGAGAUAAACCAGUAGAGAUGCAGUUGGAAGCUGCUAGAUGCUUGACAAAUCUGCACAGAGCUGGAGCAAUAUUGGCUUUGGAUCCGAUGAUAACUUACAAAACCCUCCCAUGCUUAGUGAGGCAUUGCCAGGUGGAACAUUCGAUAGCGCAACGAGCGAUGGCAGCUGAAACUCUGGCCUAUCUAACAGAGGUGGACAGCAAUUUGCAACAAAUUGCUGCCAUCAGCAACCAUCUACCCAGCGCGCUACUCGAUCUCAUAACGUGCGGUUCAGUGGCCGCUAAAAUCGCCGCCUUUAGGGCUUUUGCUUCAUUGGCCGCUGAUGAGGAGGACAUAAGGAAGCGGAUAAUCAGCACCAAAUGUUUAAUGGUCCAAGUGGCCGAAGCGUUGAACGACCAAAACAAGGAUGUCAAUUUAGCAGCAAUGCGUUGCUUGCACUCGCUUAGCAGGUCUGUCCAACAAUUGCGCACCACAUUCCAGGACCAUUCGGUGUGGAAGCCGUUGAUGACAGUUUUAGCAGGCGAUACCACCAAAGAAAUGAUCCUGGCAGCUUCAUCCACACUUUGCAACUUGCUUCUUGAGUUCUCCCCGGUUAAGGAGCCCCUCAUGCAACAAGGGGCAAUACAAGUGAUGUCGAAUUUGACUACGUACUCCGACCCGGCGGUAAGAUUGAACGGCGUUUGGGGCUUGAUGAACUUGACCUUUCAAGCGGAGCAACGGGUGAAAAGCCAGAUACUAAAUACGUUGGGAACUGAUCAGAUUUUCCGAUUGCUGGCCGACUCAGAUGUGGGAGUUAUAAUGAAAACUUUGGGCCUGUUAAGAAACCUAGUCUCUCCUCGCACACAUACAGAUGCAAUGAUGGCGCUGCACGGCACCCAAGUGAUGCAAGCGGUCGUUUUAGUGUUGGAAGGGCCCCAUUCACCGGAGGUGAAAGAGCAGGCGUUGUUGAUUUUGUCCAGUAUUGCCGACGGAGAUCGAGCAAAGGACCACAUAAUGAUCAAUGAAGAUAUUUUGAAAAAACUCGUUGACUACAUGACCCAUCCGGCACCAUGUUUGCAGGAAUCCGCAGUGUUCUGCAUCGGAAAUCUGUCGAGAAUAGGCGAACCAGGCGCAUUGGAAAGGCAACUAAAAUUGCGGGAAUUUGGCGCGGUAAACAUUCUGCAACAGCUAAUGGGGACAUCCGACACACUUUCGUUUAAUCGAUUAAAGUUGACUUUAUCCAACUUCACUGAUGUUUAAACCGCAAGUUGCGUUUUGAGACGACCCGACGACUUCAUUCUUCAUCAAACUGAUAUGCAAUUGUAGUAAUUUCAUUGUUUAUUGAAACGUGCAGAGUAUUUGAUAAAUGCUCACCUGCGACUUCUUCUCAAGUUUAAGCAACUAGUUAUGAUAAAUCUCCGAGAAGUCAUCAAAUAGGUAACUAAUAUUGAUAAAGACCAUUAGAUGGAAGGCGUUUUUUUGGCACAGUUCUAAGGAAAUUAAUAUUUUUUGAACCUGCCCCGGCAGUGAAACAAAAUUGUUGAUGUAAAGCGUUGUAAAUUAUGUAUAAAUAUUUAUUUGUAAAGAUUGUUAUAGUCAGGCGAUAUUAUUAUUACACGUACAUGUUUCGGUCAAUAUUAUUUUUAGAUUUUGUAAUCGAUCGAAUGCAAGUAAACUUCUCAAAGUAC